GAACAUCAUUCCAAUAGGCAACGUGUAUUUUAUAAAAUAUCUGAUAUUUUUUAAACUGUUCAGCGAACAAUUUGAGUUGGGCUUUCACCAUGGUUAGUUGGCUUUGGUUUUGGCUCUGUUUAGGGUUGCCAACCCUCGUGAUGGUGCAUGGGAAGACGCAGCAACCCAAUUUUCGCAUUUUCAUAAACGAAUUUGCUAUCAAGCUUGCGGUCAAGGAUCUUUUCGAAGAAGCUAAUUGUGAAGUAUCCCGAUCUCGCUUUGUCAACUGUAAUAUGAUCCUUCGGCGCAAUGUUAAUCAGGUGGACGUAGUGGCAACCCUGGACAUACUGAAGACCAACAAUAAGACAAUGCGUCUCUUUAAUGUACGCUUGGAUGGUUGUCAAUUUUUUGACACUCUUCACAAGAAUCUUCUGUUUAAUGUGUUUGCAAAAAGUCUAACUACUGCAAUACACGGUAGUUUAAAAUGUCCGGUUAUAUCGCACUUUAACUACACGCUUAACAAUUGGAGUCUGGAAGAGACCGAAUUUCCUAACUAUAUGCCCGAAUGCCUGUUCAAGGCUGAUCUUACAUUUCUAGAACAUGAUAAGUCGGCCUUACAUUUAGAAAUAGAUGGUAGAAUAAAGCAUAAAAAUUAA